AUGACUUCACGCAACGUUCUCAUCUGGAACCCUGCAGCGGGCGCACGUCUGGCUGCCGAGAUUCUCGCACUGGUCCGGCAGAGCCUCGCCGAGAGCGGACAGACCUUUACAGAGUAUGAAACAGACGCUCCUGAGCAUGCCAGCAAAAUUGGAGUUGAGCUUCGGUCACAAGCACACGGCGAGUCAGCGAGCGAGCCUCUUACCGUGAUCCUUCUCGGAGGCGAUGGCACCACGCAAGAAUUCUUGAGCGGCCUUUUCGAGAGUUGCUCGGAUCAGCAGCAGCUUCCUGACUUGCGGAUUGUACUAGUCCCCACGGGUACGGCCAACGCUCUCUAUUCUGCCCUCUACCCGCCCGCCUCUUCCUCGCGGCACGAGCCCUUGGAAGACUCUACGCAGCAUGGCUGGCGCCUGCGCUCGCUGCGAGCCUACAUCUCCUCUCUCAAACCUGCAAAGGCCGAGGGAUCUUUCCGACUCUACCCGCUGACUCUGGCGAACACAACCGUCCAUGAAGAAGACUCAAUACCCAAGGAAGUCCUCACUCACCUCAUCACCUCCCAUGCACUACAUGCAGCCAUCCUGCGCGACUCCGAGGAGCUGCGUGAGUCGCAUCCCGGCAUUGAGCGAUUCAAGAUGGCAGCGCAGAAGAACGUCACGAGCUGGAUUGAUGGCGAGCUCGUGCUGAGAAGAGCUCCUACCGCCGGCCUGCCGCUCCAAAAAUAUAAUCCCAGGUCAAGAAAGUUCGAUGAGGUCGAGGGUGAGGGGAGUGUCGUGGAGGGGCCCUUCUUCUACAUUGCGAGCAUGACGACCGACCGGCUGGAGCCUAGCUUCGUACCUGCGCCCUUUGGCUUUGCAGAAGCCUCCUCCAGCGCCUCUAGCUCCUCCCUCGCGAGACCACCCCAGUGUCUCGAUGUCGUGCUGAUCCGGCCCCUCAAGGAUCCGCAAGUCCAGGGCGAGUCGACGCUUCAAGCCCGUCAAACCUUCGCAGAGAAGAGAGUCACGCCUAUCACGCAGGGCAUGUAUGAUGAGGGAAAGCACGUGAACCUGGUGUACCCCACUGUGGAAGGCAGGCUGGAAGAGAGGAUAAGGGAGGACGUGGAGGGCGUGGAUGUAAUUGACUACUGGCGUGUAGGAGGGUGGGAGUGGACUCCGGUAAGCGGCCGCAAGGGUCAUGCUGUUUUGAAUAUCCAUCUCAGAGCUCACACCCACCCUCGUUCCCCAUCAACAGCGUCCCGACUCUACUCGCGCAGGUCUCGUUUGUCUCGACGGCGCAUUGAUUGA